AUGGGUUCUGAUGGUGGUGGAAGCUCAGGCAAUGAACAACAUACUUCGGUAGACGCCACAAGAAGAGAGAAGAAGACUUGUCAUCGUCACACUCCGGAACAGAUCGAGAGACUUGAAGCUUGUUUCAUAGACUGUCCUCAUCCAGACGAAAUACAGCGACAAGAGUUAUGCAGAGAGCUGAAUCUCGAGGCAGACCAAGUCAAAUUUUGGUUUCAGAACAAAAGAACUCAAAGCAAAGCUCAAGAGGAAAGAUCCGCUAACCUAAUACUUCGUGGAGAAAACGAAAGGAUCCGGUGUGAGAACGAAGCAAUGCUAGAGGCAUUAAAGAGUGUGAUUUGUCCAGGUUGUGGUGGUCCUCCUUUUGGCAUGCACGAACGCAACCACAAUGUCCAAAAACUGCGUUUGGAAAACGCCUUUCUCCAAGAGCAGCGUGAAUGCAUGGUCAGCGACAUAUGCAUGGGCAAGCCCAUCCAACCAACCAUGGUGGACUCGAAGGCUUCUGGUCAAGGACAACAAAUCUUUGAUACUCGCAUCUCGUAUGGAACUAAUUCAACCAACAUCUUCCAGCAAUCAAGCUCAUCUGGACCACCAACUUGUGAAAACAUCCAACCACAACCACUCUCUGAGAGGGACAUAGCGCAGUUGUCUGAAACUGCAGCAGUUGCGGUUGAAGAGCUCAAGCGGCUGUUUUUCACCGAGGAAGCUUUUUGGGUUCAAUCGUCUAUCGAUGGAACAUAUGUGAUUGAUCAACAGAGCUAUGAGAAGUUCUCGCAUGCGACCAGACAUUUCAGGAGCUUGAGUGCUCGCAUCGAGUCUUCCAAGGAUGUCGCGGUUGUUCCUAUAGAAGCAACAAAAUUGGUUGAGAUGUGCUUAGAUUCGGAGAAAUGGAAAGAGCUUUUUCCAACGAUCGUGAGCAAGGCCAAGACGAUUCAUGUGCUCGGAUCCGACAAAGAAAACAGCAAUGUCUUGCAAGUGAUAUGGGAGCAACUACACAUUCUGUCGCCGCUAGUGCCAGCAAGGGACUUCAUGAUCGUCAGAUGCUGCCAGAAGAUCGAUGAGGGGACGUGGAUUGUUGCUGACGUGUCACACAGCAUCGUAAACUUUGACCAAGUCAAUGCUUCUUGUUUCAAACGUCCUUCCGGUUGUCUCAUCCAAACCUUACCCAAUGCUCACUCCAAGGUAACAUGGAUAGAGCAUGUGGAAGUAGACGAGAAAUCGGAAGCACAUAAGAUGUAUAAAGAACUUUUACGUGGAGGUUCAGGUUACAGUGCUAAACGUUGGAUCGUCACACUUGAGAGAAUGUGUGAGAGGAUGACUCUCUCCUCCAUUCUUACCAUUCCCCCUAAUGACUGGAGCGAAGUUAUAAAGACAGGAGAAGGAAGAAGGAGUGUGAUGAAAUUAGGGGCAAGAAUGACGAAGAGCUUCAACGAAAUGCUGAGCAUGUCUGGGAAAGUUGACUUUCCGCAACACUCGAAAUGUGGAGUCAGAAUCUCUGUCCGGUUGAAUACUGAGCCGGGUCAACCGUCCGGUUUAGUUGUCUGUGCUGCGUCUUGUCUCUCUGUCCCUAUCACUCCGUUGCAAGUCUUCAACCGCCUCCGAAACUUUGUCAAUCGUCAAGAGUGGGACGUUCUUUCCUAUGGAAGGCUAGUCGCUGAGAUAGCUCGCGUUUACACCGGAACAAGUGAAACCAACUGCGUCACCCUUCUCCAGCCUGAAAAAACAGAAAAUGCUGGCAUAUUUAUGGCACUUGACUCAGACAAGAACGACUUGGCCAUAGUACAAGACUGUUACAUGGACGACUUAGGUGGCAUGAUAGUGUACGCUCCUAUCGAUACGACAACAAUGAAAAUCGCUGUCUCCGGGGAAGUCGACCCUUUCAACAUUCCAAUCCUUCCUUCUGGUUUCACAAUUGCAAGUAACGGCAGGCGAUCCAUGUCGGCGCCGGAUGCUGAGAACGGUGGUCAUUAUGGUCGUGAUGACGGUGGAACUUUGCUCACGGUGGCUUUUCAGAUCCUUCUCUCCGGUCUUGAGGCUAAGGGGAGAGAGCUGAAUGAGAAGUCAGUGGACGCAGUGAAUGGUUUGAUCAGCUCCACUGUUCAAAGGAUCAAGGUCAUGCUCAAUGGUUCUUCUUGUGAGUGA